AUGAUGGACGACAAUAACAGCACCGACCAAAGCAAGAAGACAAAAUCGAGGAUUCGGGAUAUCCACAAGGACCUUGACAGCAUCCCUCCUGAGGAUACCCUAUGCUGUUGUCCACCAACCUACGCCCCUUCCUGGCUCCAAUGCCUCGCUGACCCCAAGGUCUUUACCUUCCACAUGAUGCUCGUCACCUCCUUUGGCAUGAUGUCCUUUAUCUAUAUCGGUGCCGUCCUUACUACCAUCGAGCGCAACUUCCAACUGGACAGCGCCCAAUCCGGUGCCAUCACCAUCGCUGCGGAUAUCAUCAGCACCCUCUUCGUCAUCCCCCUUAGUCACUAUGGCCAGAUGGGGCAUCGUCCUCGUUGGAUCGGAACAGGCGUCCUGGUGACUGCUGUCGGCACCAUGCUCUGUGCCGUACCGCAUUUUGUCACGGAUCCAGUCGACCCGAAGGCAAUACUGACUGGAUCGAUGGAAGAUGGUCAAGACUUUUGUCAUUUGGAUGCUACCGAAUCUUGGUCAAAUACAUCGGAUGGUCACGAUGAAGGUGAUCCGCAGCAAGGGGGUCUUGGUGAUCCAAGGACUGUAUGGUGGAUUGUCUUCGGUCAGAUCAUAAGUGGUAUCGGGAACGCCCCUUUCAUCGCUCUUGUCAUUACCUACAUCGACGAUAGUGUCAAGAAGCACGCCGUCACUGCGUAUACAGCUGGUCUGUUCAUGGCGUUCAGCUUUGGUCCCUCAUGUGGCUUCCUAUUCGCUGCCUUCACAACACGCCUGUACGUCGACUUCGAUCGCGUGCCGAGUGACCAGAUUCCUGGGAUCAGCCAAAACGACCCUCGCUGGAUCGGAGCCUGGUGGCUUGGCUUCGUCAUCCUGAGCAUCAUCCUUGUGAUCCUUAGUAUUCCUAUUUUCUUCUACCCGCGAACACUGCCCUCUGCGGUCAAGAAGUGGAAGGAAGAGAGGAAAGAUGCGGAGUCGGCAGGGAGCCAAUCAGUAGAGACGUGUGUGGAAGCGAUGGCUGCCGGGGAUGAUAAGAAGGAUUUGAUAGAUGAACAUGGGAUAACAGACAACAUCAGUGCUUUAGAAAAGUUUAUUAAAGGACCACUUCUAGCGCUAAAACGUCUUGUCGGCAAUCCAACCUUCAUGUGUCUUUUGGUUGACGAAACUGCCUUCGUAUCGCUUAUCGCCAUAUUUUCGGCAUUCGGGGUAAAGUACAUGGAAACACAAUUUUCACUCAGUCCGUCGACAGCCGCGCUCGUCACAGCAUUUGCUCUGGGCCCAUCAAACAUCAUCAGUAACCUCAUCUCCGGAUACAUUUGCCGAAGAUUUAAAUUCAACUCUAAGCAGUGCGGUCUAUUCGUAGUGGUAUGUUCUACGAUUGGCUUCAUACUCUACCCCAUGGGGAUGCUCCUGGGGUGUGAUAAUGUUCCUAUUGCUGGUGUGACGACGUCAUAUGGUGGAGAGAAUGGUCCUAAUUAUGAUUCAACCCGAAACGGAUGUAACGUGCAUUGCGCAUGCCCAGAGGAAAUAUUUCAACCUGUGUGCGGUUCAAACGGUUUGAGCUAUAUUUCACCGUGCCACGCAGGAUGUAUUCAAGAACUCUCACCUCAAUACAGCUAUGGCACCACAUCCAUGCCGAACUCUUUCUCCCAGAAAUAUAACUACACUGGAUGCAGCUGCAUUGGUAAUUUCAGUUUGGUGAAUAACUCGGUAACGAAUCUCUUCGGGUCACCUGCUUCAACUGUAGAAGCUUCGUCUGGAUUGUGCCAUGACUCAAGCUGCCAGGGAUUCGUUCCAGUAUCUAUCUUGCUGGCGGCACUUUUCUUUUUUCAAGCAGCUACAACCAAUCCCUUGACUUACAUCAACCUAAGGUGUGUAAGGGAUGAAGACAGGUCGAUGGCACUAGCACUGAAAUCAGUGUGUUCACACUUUCUCGGUUUCUUCCCUGCUCCGAUCUAUUUUGGCGCCAUUAUCAAUUCGGUAUGCAUCCACUGGCAGAUAACUGAUGGUGACAGAGGUUCCUGCUGGGUGUACGAUAACAAAAGAUACAGGAUGUCCUACUUUAGUACCGCCAUGGUCCUACAGGGUAUUGCCGUUCUCUGUUUAACCUGCUUGUAUUUCUCUAUCAAGGAAAAGCUACGGGUGAGGACGCAGUGA